UGGUGGAAAUUGUUUUGAGUUGUGAAAAGAAUUCCGAAUAAAAGUCAUAUUUGUACAGUUCUGAAAAUAGGUUUUGAAAGAAAACCCGUUUUAGAGAAACUUUAUAGUCUAAGCUGUCCAUAAAAUGGCAGAAGAUACAGAAAACUCCGACAAAACGUGUGACCUUUGUCACAUAUCGUAUUUCAAUGAUGAGGAGCUCAAGGAACACUCAUAUUCCCUCAUGCACCACAUAAAGAUAGAGCAAAAGAAAAAGGGUUCCGUUCAUCAUUGCACUUUGUGCUUUGGUACCUACAGUAACUUGGCUCUCUACAGCACACACUUGAAUGAAGAGAAGCACAGGUCUGCAGUGCAGGCGGAGAAAAAAGGAAAGGAGAAGGAGCUGGAUUUUACCAAACCAAAUAACAUCGAAACUGCGUCUCAACGAUCUGGUAGUCAAAAGAGUCUUGGAAGUACCCAGGAUAAAGACAAAAGCUUCUCUUCUACGGGAACCAAAAAUUACACCAGGCCAGGAAGGGGGACUUUUGAAACUUUUCAUUCCGGGCCAAAUAACCGGUCAUCCUCAACUCUGAAUUCGACAAUCGAAAACCUAUCUGAUAUCAACACUUCAAGUUUUGAAAGUGAUAAUUGGAACAAGUCAGGUGCAGCUGGUAAUUGGAGCAGGCACGGUGAAGCUGGUAACUGGAGGAGGCAAGGUGUAGCUGGUAAUUGGAGCAGGCACGGUGAAGCUGGUAACUGGAGGAGGCAAGGUGUAGCUGGUAAUUGGAGCAAGCAAGGCGGACCAGGUGAUUGGAACAGGGCAGGUGGACCUAAUUAUACAAAUAGGCCUCGUGGAGCUGGGUCUUCUUGGUAUGGAAGUCAGUGGUUUAGCAGGCCAAAGGAUCGUAGCUACAUGAACCCUACGUGGUCCAGCAACAACUCAGGCAAUAGGAAUCAAUCUUUUAUUGAGGACAAUUUCAAUUACUGUGGCGAUUACCAAGACUUUACAAGUGACAGUAGAGAGAAUUUCUGUGUUCCUGCUGAACCCGAAGGUCCAUUAUUCCAACGGGACUGGAGACUUCGGGGUAGUUAUAAAGGGAACUUACGCCAACAAGGCAGGGGAGGCUCCCGUAGUGGCAGCAAAACUUGGAUUAGUCCAAAGAGUGCAUCAACAUCUAAAUCUGGGAAAGGCAAAGUUUCACCUAGGGAUGGCAUCAAGGGCAGGAAAUGUCCAAAUGAGAAGUCGAAAAAAAGUCGUGGUAGUAAGAAGAAGAUGAUAUCACCUAAAAUUGACAAGAGGUCGACUCACGCUUUAUUGGAUAGAAGCAGGUGUUCUAUUCAGAGUGGAGACGAGGUGAGCUCCACAACAAGAAAUGAGGCCUCAAAGGGCUGGAGGGAUACUAGCGGUGGUCGGGUUGGUGCAAGUCUCUCUGGUGGGAGGUAUGUGAAGUCGAAUUCUCCUGCCAGGGCAUCAUCAAAAAGGACACCGAAGGCACCAUCGCGAGCUACAUCUUCUGAAAGGAAGUCACAGGACAAAGGGAGUGCUCUUUUAACGAGAGCGGAAGAUCUUUGCAGAGCAGUACGAAAGACUCGUAAGGAGAGCAAAGAGCGGACCGAAUCAGAACUGCGUAAAGUAGAAAGCCUCCUGGUUGAAACAAAAAUUCAAAGUUAUUCAGACUUGCGUCAGUCACAAAUGAAAGGUUAUGUUUCCACUGAUAUGUUGUCUGAUUUAGACAAGUCAAUAUUGGAACUGACAUCUGCUCAAUCAGAGUCGACUGUUGAUUUGUCAAAGGAUUUGAGCGAAAAAAAGAAGGAGACGAAUUUGGAUGUGAAUAAGGAAACUAGCAACGAGAAAGUCGUUGUGAUGGUUGAGAGCAAGGAUUCGAAUGGAAGGAAGGAGAGGGAAUUGAAUAACAAUGAAAAAAGCCCUGUAAAGGACAAGGUUCAGAGAACCCCUGCCAGCUCAUCGCAAUCUGUGCGAAAGGAUGCAACAAAAACUGUUGCAAAACCUGCAGUCGAUACAGCAAAGGUGAACUUUGUGAAGCAGAAUGUUGCACCACUGAACAAAAACAAUUUGAUGAAAAUUAUCAAUGCGCCUCGUUCGCAUAAAGAGAGGAUGCAAUUGGCACAUCUCAUGAAAAGUAGCAAACCAAAAUCUGUUCGUCCAAAAUUAAAUUUGCAACCGCAGGAACCAGCAGUAGUCACAGAACUUGCCGAAUCUGUUUCCAAUGAAUUUGGAGUGUCUGACACAGAAUUCAUUGCUUUCGAAAGUCUUCCCGAUGAUUUGCGUAUAAAAGUUGAAAACUUGCUCAACAAAGGGCCCGAUAAUCUCAAUGAGAGCGUUGAAAUGUGUUUCAGUGACAUUGAGGGAGUGGAGUACCCAUUUGCCGUUCUAGACAAUUGUACAAUGGAGGCACCACUUGUUGAGUUGCCUGAUGUUAAUCUAAAUGGGAAGAGAAGACGUCCUGCUACCAGUUCAACUGAGACCUUGACGAGAGUUGAUUCCAUUCCACAACUAGAUAACAAGAAACAGAAAAUAGAUGAGCAUGAUCAUUCAUCAGUUGAAGUUUCGCUUCCACCAAAUAAUCAGAGACCUGUACGAGACUUAGAUCCUGGUUCCACGACCGACUGCUCAUCGAGAGGCUCCCAGCCAACCAAUAAGAACCUCAGCUCAUCUUAUACUGAGUGGACACGGAAAAAUGACCUGUCGCCUGCGAGAAACCUGUCUGGAAGUACCGGUCCCCACUCUGUUGGUUCCAGUCAUAAAACCAUGAGCCCUGUCAAGACCUACAGCGGUAGCAGUCAGAGCCAUUCCAGCCAUGCUUCAAAUGAUGAAAAGGCCCAAUCAGGGACCACAUACACUUUUGGGAGCAAAUCAUUCAUUCCACCUUUCACGGGUAAUUCUCAUUCCAACUCCUCACUUGGACUUGCCGGAAGCAAGAGCCCGCUUCGUUUCUCAGGGACUGCCAACAGCCCCUUCGCCUACUCAAAUGGUGACUCCACCAGGGAAUCGAGAUCCCCACCUGUCAUGUCAGUGAAGAGGGAACCAGUGUGGGAGGAAGGCUAUGGGGUCAUUCCAAGCACCACUGCCAAUUACACAUCCACUCAGGCAACCAACCUGUUUCAAAAAACAUCACAGAAUUUCCAGACGUCAUCGAUAUUUUCAUCCAAUUUUUCCCUCCGUGGUGCAACCAGCCAGGCAGCUGAAGAGAUGAACAGGCAUUCACGAACAUCAUCCUGUGAAACAGACUCUACAAGUAUCACCAUGACACCAUCAAGGAGCAGAACUGCGACUGAUAGCACUCUAUCGUCUGGGAGGCCAAGCAUUGAAAACAGCUUGGGAAAGGCAGGCCGUGUUGACAGCAGCUACUAUACCUCUGGCCAGAAUCGCUCUUCACCUAAACCAAUGGAUCACCAGUCGUAUCAAUCAUCCAGUAGUCACAGCCAUUCAUCAUCUGCUUCAAAACUCCAAUCAUCUUCUAUGACGUCUGCUCCAUCUUCAAUGCCAUCUGCUUUGACAUCAACACCAUCUGCAUCAGUUCCAAUGCCAUUUGAUUCAACUAUAAUGACGUCUGCAACAACAUCCAUGCCGUCAGCCGUAAGGCAAAAAAGUCCUCCACAUUCUCGAAGCUCAUCCUCCCCAUCAGAGAUAUUGUCUCCAAAGUCCGCCCUGACAUCUGCCAGCCAAGCCCUUGAGACUGCCAACACUGCCCUAGCCUCAAUCAACACUAACCUCAGCUUCAACAUACCAGUUCAAGACAUCAGCACCCUGGAACUGGAUGCAAGUGCGUCUGCUCUCAGCGGAACCUCGGAUCCAAUCAAUCGUGUUCUCCAGAUCACGAUCAAGGAAGAAGAGAUCAGGAACAAGCUGAGCACUGUCAACAACCAUGUUGAAACCCUUGGGUCCCUGAUGAGGAAGCUGCAGGGUGAAUUCGAUAAGUUCAAAACUCUCCAAACAAAGCUGGAAACGGAAGGACAGAAUCUGAGGAGAGAAAGAUUAAGCAUACUUCAAGGCGCAGUUGCCGAGAAGCAAGUUUCUGAUAUGGUAAAGGAGGUCACAAGCGGAAUACGCAAGCCGACAGAAACAAGCCCCACACAAUCCAGAAGGUCGACUCCAAAAGACGGGGAAACAGAUAGUGUGCAAGCUCAGAGUGUUUCAGAACCUUCCAGUACUCAAAGUUCGUUUUCGAUACCUGGGAUCAUGCCACUUCCAAAUGCCGAGUCGUCCCCAGUGAAGGUGAAAGAAGAGGUCGUUCCUGAGAUCGCUAUGCCUCCUGCCCCAGUUAUUCAGCUCCGCACUGUCCCUGAGCCACAGCAAAUAGUAGUUCAGCCUGCUGCGGCUGCUCCAGAGAUUGUUGCAGAUGCUCAAAUUCCAAGUACCUCAUCCAUCUCUGGUGUAGAUUUUAGCCUUAAACAGGAACCAGAAGAAUUGGAGACCGAUCCACAUUUGUCCAAGCAGACGGAUCAGUAUCUUCCUGAGCAGGCAGAACAUCAGAGUGUAAUGCCUGCUAUCUUCCCGAAUGCUGUCAUAAAACAAGAAGGUACAGUCCCGCCAGAUACAUGCACCCCAGUUGAAAUGGAGUACGUCGGAUCAUUGAAGACGGCAAAUGAGGCACAGGAUCUUCUGAAGGAAAUUGCGAGCAAUCUAAAGGAUACAUCUUUCAUUAUCGUUGAGGGGGGUGAAUACUUGAAAAGGAGCAAAGACCAAGCUCUAGCCAAAUCAAAAGAUGUUGGUGUUCAAAUGGCAGGAAAUUCAGGCAUUUCUACGACUGAUUACGACUCCUCAUUGAGUGAUCUACAAGUUGUGGAGUUGACCCCUAAAAAAGACCCCGAACUUUUACGCGAUAUUCUGAAGUCACCCGAUGCUCAUUGUGCUGAUAAUUCUUAUGAUCAGUUGUUGAAAAAGGAUACCUUCAACGAGAAGGAACGGUUUAAGGCCCUUUUGUUGGAAACUGUUGAUACUUCAAUGAAAUUAGGUGUGACGCCAGAGGAACCUGACAGCAGUGACACUUCACCAACAAAAAUAGCCAUUGCCGUUAAAGAAAAGGCUCUUAAAGAGUGUCAUGUGGUCCUGGAGCGAUUGGAUAAAGAUUUGAUGGGAAUGAUGGACUGUACGUCAACAUCUGGUAUCUCAUCAGCUUGGGCAAAAACAAAGUCAAAGAAGGUGAAAGGUGAUGAAUCACCAAUGAUAAUCCAUGAUAGUCCGACUUUACGAAGAAAAAUGAAAAAGACAAAAAAAGAGCGCAACCGCUCGCGAGCUAAUGUCGCAGAUUCUAGCUCAGAGACUCAGAUGACAGAAUCCGAAUACACUGUCAGCAGAACAACAAAUUCUGAAUGUUCUGUUGAAACAACUCGUGAUCAACUGAGAAAAAGUGGUGUGUGUUUUACGGCAUCUGAUGUUGAAGCACUUGGGUCUUCGGCAAAUGUAUCUUUUGAUGUUGGAGUCGACCUUGGCGAGGAUGACACCUCAACACUUUUAGGAUCACAGACAACUGAGUUUGGCCCCGCAGAAGAGUCUCAACUGACUGUUACGAGUUCCUCAGAUGUGGAUAGUUAUCAAAUGCAAGACAGGUUAAAAAUAUCAUCACAAACAGCCAGCAUCAUCCGAAACAAGUUACUCCAGUCUGCCAUGGUCGAGGUCAAGCAGGUCAAGAACGUUCCAACCCCUGGCCUGUUCGAGGGACAUACCUUGCCAGUAUUCGCCAUGCAGAUCUUUGAAAAUUUCCUCUUCAGCUGCUCGCAGGACGCGACUGUUAGGAAGUUUGAUAUUUCCAGUCAUCAGUGCGUCAAUGAAUUUCAUUUCCACACUAAACCAAUCCACUGCCUCCAUGUCACCCGAUGUGGUAGCAAGUUCCGUGAAAGACUGUUCACGGGUGCGACGGACGCUUUACUGCUUGAACACGACGCCUUGACCGGCGAGUUCCUGUCUCGAGUGAUGAUGGCUGAUAAGUUGCACUGCAUGCAUGAACAAUGGAAUAUGCUCUAUAUUGGCUUGGACAAUGGACAAGUGAUCUGUUAUGACCUGCUGAAAAGUAAAGUGACAGACUACUUCGCCUGUGGAGAAAAACCUAUAAGUUGUAUUACAUCGUCCAAAGAAGGGCCUCGGAAAAUUCUCCUCGUUGCGUCCUUCGACAGCUCGAUUACCGUGCGAGAUGCCAAGAAUGGUCUCCUGUUACGGUCAAUUGGUAGCCAUUUGAAGACCCCACUGACGGUGAUUGAGAAAGACAACAGUGUGUACAGUGGUUCGUCAGAUCGAACGAUUCGCUUACACAAAUUGAAUAGUGGGAUAUCAGUUCUUACCAUGACCAUGACAGGCCCUGUGACUGCGUUAGCUCUCAGUGGCAAGUAUCUGCUGGCUGCAUCAUACGAUGGGGUAAUAAGGUGUUACAACACUGAGGACUCCUUCAAGUUGAAGCAGAUUUAUUAUGGUGCUGGAAAGACACUUAUCAUGGACAUGAUCUUGCAUCAGGAUUUGAUCUACACUGCCAACAGAGAGGGAACCAUAGAAGCCAUUCCUUUUGACUUGUCAUUGAGGUAUCCAUGCAAGUUCCGAGACUGUGGUGUGACGUUUGGCCUCUCCGCUGACCUCAGAUAUCACAUAUUCCACGACCAUCUGCCGGUGCAGAUAAAGGACGAUAGAUACCAUUGUAACUGGCAUGGAUGUUUCGACAAACUGGAUGUUGAAACUAAUAAGAAGAAUCUGGAGGACCAUAUCUCGGGUCACAUUUCAGAAGUUGAGGGGACAGUCUGCAGUGAAUCGCCUUGAAGAGAGCCAGCUGGACCUGGCACAAGGAAAACUGUAACUGGAUUAAAAAAGAGAAACUUCCCAAAUAUCUCAUUUUGUCACUUUUUGAUGCUGCAAUGAAGGAAGUUAUCCUGAUCAUGGUCUAGCAGAAAAGCUUUGAAAACUCUGGCAUCAAAACUAUUGAUGAAUUCCUUAUCCUCUACCUCCUUGUCUUUUAGUUUAAUAAGUCCGGGAUAAACAACAAGGUCUUGAACUCGAGUGUCUAUGAACAUGCACUACUUUGAUGAGAAACCCUUAAAACGAUUCUCAGUUCCAUCUUCGUUUUCAUGAUGAGCAUUUAAAAGAUUCAGGUUUUUUAUUCUCGCUGCAUUUAAAGUUGCUCAAAUCUCUGAUGAACUGCUCACAAGUUGCAUUUUCUGUGCUUGAUUCUAGAAAUUAAUAUAAGUCCAAUAUAUUUGUAUGACAUUUCUUAAAAGAUGAAAAAGCAUAAUUGUCACUUUGAAUCCAUUAUUAUUAAUCUGAUAUCAUCAGCCACCAACAUUCAAGAUCACAAUCAUAGAUUUUUUCAAGGUUAAAUUUGUUGGAGAUUAGAAUUGCCUCUGUACAUAGGUCUAUCAAUGUUUGUGAAGAUGGUUUGAAAAUAGAUGUGUACUGCCAAAUGGGCAUAGAUGUAGCUUAUCUAUAUGAUUGUGUGUACUUCAAAAGUAAAUAAUAUCUGUAUAAUGUCUGUAAAUAAUAUUUCUAAACUUACAUGUAUACAGGGAAACUAAAAGGAAGGAAUUGAAUGUACCUAACUACUUCUUGUUGCUUCUUGUUUUUCUUUCUGAACCUCAAUUCUUUUUUAUUAGAUCAUGAUAUAUCACGAUGUAUACAAGUAGAUAGGUGCAAUGAAAAAAGUGUUUGAUAUGAUUUUGGUGAAAAAUGGUGAGAAAGGUGUUCAACCCAUGCUCAGCUCGAGUACUGUGUCUUUUGUCUUUCUACAGACUUCCACAGGAUGGAAUGAAUUGGGAGACAUAAUACCAAGAGUAUGUUUACAGUGAAGUUACUUGUAGAAAAUACAAUCAUGCAAAAAUGUUCAUUCAUAACUUGUUUGGAUAUGCCAUUUAGAAAUCACUUGUAAGGCAACAUAUUUUAUUUUUGAACAAUGAGUACACCUUAGACACUUAAAACUUUUAAGUUAACAAGAAAGAAUACAUUUUGUUCGGCUGUUGUGUUGUCUGUGUGAUGUUUGAUCACAAAAAAACAGUGCUUUGUGAAGUGGACUAUCACCUACCGUCUCUUUCUGUAUCAGUCAUUUCAGAUUUUGAAAUUCAAGAAUUGUAGUUUAUUUAUUAGUAAUCUGUAAGAGAGAAACACCCGUCAUAUGACUUGCAAGUAUUUGCUGGUUGUCUGUGACAGACAAAACAUUUCAGAAUUAGGUCCAAUUAGUUGUUGUUAUAUCCAUUUUGUCCUUUAGCCAUACAUGUAGGUAUAAAAGUUGGACUGAAUGUCCACUUUGGGAAUCAUGUACAGGGCUUAGCCAAAUAACAUGUGUGUUGUUUUUUCUAAUAUCUAUGCUUUUAUACUAUAACCCCAAGGAAGGAAAUUAUGAUUUGGUUGUUAUUUUCUUUUGAGUAAUAAUAUUUUUUAUGAUGUAGCUACAGAAAUGAAUGGAAUUUUAAAUAAAGUAUUUGAAACUUA